AUGCAUCUCCAUGAGUUGAGACCACAUGUCAUAGUGCUUCAAGGUUACGGUAAUUCUGGCAUGGAACGUCGUAUUGUCAAAUUGAACAACGAUGGAAGCAGUAUUAGGAGUGGCAACAGAUUCGUCAUCCUUGACCAUCGCAAGAAACUAGGGGUUUCAAGAAGAAUGAAAACGGGAGGUGAUGCAGAGUGGCUAGGUUCGAUGCCAAGGAGCAGAGUCACUUGA